AUGAGAUCACUCUACUAUUUUAUUUACCCUAUACCACUUAUUUCUUCUUCACACAUUUUUCAUCCGUACACCAAAUCAUUAGGCAAUUUUCUCUUAUCAUCAGAAUUACGUAUGAUGAAAAUUCUGAUCUUGACCCUGAUCUGGAUAGCAUUGGUCUGUCGUAGAUGUUUUGCUAGCGAGCAAGGAGAAAGUAGACCCUAUUUCAGGCCAUAUACUGACCCUUUUACUCCGGAUGCAUUUUUUGAACAAUUUGCCUACGAUGACUUGAAAGAUUCAAAAUGGAAACCAUCACAUUAUAGCGAUUCUCAAGGCACUCAAUACGACGGAACCUGGUCAAUUGAGGGCUCUUUGAAGAACCAGGGCUUCGUGGACGAUAAAGGUUUGGUAAUGAAGACACCAGCUGCUCAUCACGCAAUUUCGUACCGGUUUGAAAAACCCUUUGUCAACGACCACCAGGAUUUGGUACUCCAGUACGAGAUAAAGCUACAAGAUGGACUUGAUUGUGGUGGAGCGUACAUCAAGUUGUUAGGAGAGGACUUUGAAGAUGAGUUCAGCAAGCAUACCAAAUUUCUCUUGAUGUUUGGUCCUGAUCAGUGUGGAAUGGAAGACAAAAUACACUUGAUUCUCAACCGAUAUAACCCGGUCGCAAAGAAAUACGAGGAGCAUCAUCUAAGAACUCCUCCAAUGUCUCGCGGCGGACAUUUUUCAAACUUGUAUACAUUGAUUCUUCACAAAAAUCAAAAGUUUGAAAUCCGGAUAAAUGGAGAAAUUGCCAAAGCUGGAAGCUUGCUCGAUGAAAACAAGUUUACUCCUCCAUUCGAACCACCAAAAGAGAUUAUAGAUACCAGCGCAAAAAAACCAGAAGAUUGGGACGAUCGAAAGUAUAUACCCGAUCCUCAUCAUCCUCCAAAGCCCGAGAACUACGACGAAUUAUAUGGCUCACCAAGAAUUCCUGAUCCAAAUGCUGUCAAGCCUGAAGAUUGGAACGAAAGCAUUUCUCCGAUGAUUCCUGAUCCCGAGGCUAGUAUACCUGAGGACUGGAAUGAGAGCGUAGAUGGAAAGUGGAUCCCGCCAUUAGUGGCUAACCCAGAUUGUACAAAUGGUCAAUGCGGCCCAUGGAGCCCACCGUCAAUCCUCAACCCUAACUUUAAAGGGCGGUGGAAUCCACCAAUGAUAGAAAAUCCAAACUAUCAAGGUCCAUGGACUCCGGGAUACAUACCCAAUCCCAAUUAUUACAAGGAUGAAAGACCAGCAGAUAUGGAACCUAUUGGUGGAAUAGGGUUCGAAUUGUGGACAAUGUCCCCAAACAUUCUCUUUGACAAUAUCUAUCUUGGGCACUCCAUUGAAGAAGCGGAACAUAUUGGGAACACCACUUUUCUCAUGAAGCAAGAAUUAGAAGGAAAGUACUUUGCACCUCCAAUUAUAGGUGAAGAGCCAUUAGCACCUCCCAAAGAAAUAGAUUCGUAUCUCGAUGACGACGACGAAUUCUCAUUUACUGCGAUUGUGAAGGCUAUCCAAACUAUUCUCAUCGAACAAGUAUAUGAGGCUAGAUCGGUCUACGAAGAGUUCAGCAGGAGACCAUACGGAGUAAUACGCGAGAAACCCAUGGAGUGUUUGAUUUACAGCUGUACGUUUUUGUCGUUGUUCACGUUUGUGUUUGGACUCAUAAGUGCCAUUGGCUUCAUGAUAAGCUCUUCUCCGGUUGCCAAUAAAGAGAGCAAUAAAGUUGAAGAAGAAGAAAAGAAAAAAGAAGAAAGAAGUAAAGAAGAGGAAACUAAAGACAUACCUGUUUCUACCGGAGCCAAAAGAUCGUCAACUUCAACUCGCAGAAGAAAGUAA